AUGGAAGCUACCUUAUUAGACCACUGGAAAAGCUUGCCGAUCGAGAAAUAUGAUGGGUCCACCGACCCCGAGGAGAACUUGAAUGUUUUCCUAACACAAGCAACCCUCUCUACUCAAGACAACUCGGCAUUGUGCCGAAUAUUCCCCACGUCACUGAAAGGAAGGGCCCUGAGUUGGUUCACGAGGUUGCCGAGCUCUUCUAUCGACUCGUUCAACGAGUUGUCAUCCCAAUUCACCCUCCAGUUCGCAACGAGUAAACCAUACAAGACGACCUCGUUAGCCUUAGCGGGGGUUCGUCAAGAGAAGAAAGAAAGUUUGAGAAGUUUCAUAGACCGAUUCAACAAAGUCGCCAUAGAGAUCGGCGACCUUAACCCGGCCGUGGCGAUGGACCGGCUGAGCACUGCCCUCAGGCCGGGGACAUUUGUGAAUAGCUUGUGCAAAAAGCCUCCUGUUGAUAUGAAUGAUGUCCGACGCCGAGCUGAAAAGUAUAUGCAAAUGGAGGAGCUGGCGGAGACUCGGAAUCAAGCCAGGGCCGAGGAGGGCCAUAGCCGAAAAGAAUCCGGCCGAGAGCCGAUGAGAAAGCCGAAUGCCGACCCCUCGAGCAUUCAUCCCCCGAGGGGCCCACGUUAUACAGCGUAUACUCCCCUUAAUGCGAGUAGAGCCAAAGUAAUGGAGCAGGCCCUUGCAUCAGAGAUCCUCGUGAUGCCGAAAAGGGCGAACACGCCCCCUAGGGCCGACAAGGCCAAGAUGUGUCGAUUCCACCGAAACAGGGGGCACUCAACGGAAGAAUGUUCAGCACUAAAAGACAAGCUUGAGGACCUUAUCAAACAGGGUCACCUCGCGAGCUUCGUCACCUCUCAAAACCACCAGUCAAGGGGAGGUGACUACCACUCUCGGGAAGCACCACUGCCGAGGGAUCGGCGCCGCCGAUCCCGAUCGGCCAAAAGGAGAGACCACUCACGACAUUCCCGAUAA